AUGGCAACGAACGCGAAAGGCUACGCGGCUCAGACCGCAAAGGCCCCCCUUGCUCCCUUCAGCUUCCAGCGCCGUGCUGUGGGACCAGAUGACGUGAGCAUCAAGAUCGCGUACUGUGGUGUGUGCCACAGCGACAUCCACCAGGCGCGUGAUGAGUGGGGUGGCAGCCUCUUCCCGAUGGUGCCUGGCCAUGAGAUUGUUGGCCACGUGACGGCUGUCGGUCCAAAAGUGAAGAAGUUCAAGGUGGGCGACACAGUUGGUGUGGGCUGCAUGGUUGACUCGUGCAGCAAGUGCCCUCAGUGCAAGAAAGGUCUCGAGCAGUACUGCGUGGAGGGAAACACUGCGACGUACAAUUCUCACACUCGUGACGGCAAGGAUAUUACACAAGGCGGCUACUCGGACCACAUUGUGGUCAAGGAGGAGUUCGUGCUGCGCGUUCCGUCUAACCUCGACCUCGCUGCAGCUGCGCCACUGCUGUGUGCCGGCAUCACGACGUACUCGCCGCUGCACCACUGGGGCGUGAAGGCGGGCUCGAAGCUUGGCGUUGUCGGCCUCGGUGGGUUGGGCCACAUGGCGGUGAAGAUCGGCAAGGCGAUGGGGGCGGAAAUCACCGUCUUUACCACCAGCGAGGGCAAGCGGGAUGCGGCUAAGAAGCUGGGCGCUGACCACGUGGUCCUCUCCAAGGACGCAGAGCAGAUGAAAGCGGUACAGAACACCCUCAACGUUGUCAUUGACACAGUCGGUUCCGCGCACGACUUGACGCCCUACAUCCUCGCCCUCACGACGGACGGCGUGCACAUAUUGAUUGGCAUCCCAGAGAAGCAACACCCACCGGUGCCGGCUGCUCUGCUCAUCAUGAACCGCAAGUCUGUCGUCGGUUCCCUCAUUGGCGGCAUCCCAGAGACGCAAGAAAUGCUCGACUUCUGCUCCAAGCACGGCAUCGUCUCGGAUAUUGAGAUGAUUAAGGCGGACUAUAUCAACACAGCGUACGAGCGGGUCACCAAAGGCGAUGUUAAGUACCGCUUCGUCAUCGAUAUCGCCUCCCUGGAUCAUUAA